AUGGCUGGGAAGGAGCGAGCCAAAAACACAGCUUCGCCGAAAGAAGUUGCGAAGCUGAUGCGAGGUGCGAACUUGACCAAACUGCCUCCGGAGUCGGAGUACAUGAUAGCAGACACGAGCAAGGUCAUCGAGACGUUCGAAGACUUCCUGAAAGACCUUCUCCUGGCCACCCCUCGUCCGACAGAGAAGCUUCUACUUCAAGCUUGCAAGCUAGUUUUCGAGCACACAUCCAAGUCCGACUGCAAAAGCUUCGCCCAGCAGUUGGUGCGAUGUGUUCAGCAUGUCCGAGAAUGCAAAAGUGUGACUUCGGGGAAGAAGACACCGGAAGCAGUUUGGCGGGUCCUGCAAGUGAUGAAGGCGAACAAGGACCAACCAUGCAGACGGCUUUCUACAACCUCGGUGAGCUCAGCAGCCAGCCCUUCAGCUGUGGAUUCGAAGCCGAGUCCCGAGCCCAUGGUCGAGAAAGUGAGCCUUGCCAGUAAGGCCGAACUGAGCCCUGGCAGCAAGGUACGACAUGCCUACGGUCUCGCAGCCAGUCGCACAAUGCAGAAAGAGGAGGAUGGAGAGGACUUGCUGGAGGUCGUGGCUGUGCAGUCCUCGCAGAGCUUGCACUCCAUCGCGAGCUCGGGCGAGGAGGUGUCUCCUGAAAAGGAAGGCGAAAUGGAGGACGUGCCUCCUGCAGCUGACUUCAAGGACUACUUUGAUGCUGGUCGUGGCUGCCAUGUGAGGGCCUUUGCCUCAGGCAAGCUCGAGGAGCUGACUGCUCCGGUACGUCGGGUGACCGGCAAGAAAGUCCUGAAGGCUGCCCUGAAGACCAAGCCUGCUGCCGGGCAGGUGAAGAAGAAGCCGGCAGGUGCAGAGACAGCAGAAGUGCCCAAGUCGUCAGAGGUGGAUGUCCAAGCUGCACAGUUGGCGGAGGCGAAGCAGCAGGAGGAAACCAUCUUGCAUUUCGUCCGGAAGAGCACUGCCAAGAAGCCCCCGAGGACAUAUGUGACUGCUUGCUACUGUGACGGGUCCAAGCAUAGGCAGAAACUCAUCGUAGAAUUUCAAGCAGCCAAGUAUGCCGAUCAUGUCGAGAAAGCUGCGAAAGCAGUGAAGCGAAUCCAAAAGGAUAAGCUCACUUUCAAUCGUGCCCGGCAGCUGAAAUUCGCAUUGGCAGAGGACUGA